AUGGUCAAAUUAGCUUCUAUCGCCGCUGGUGUCGUCGCCAUCGCUUCCGGUGCCGCCGCCGCCACCACCACCCUAGCUCAAUCCGACGAAAGAGUUAACUUGGUUGAAUUGGGUGUCUACGUUUCUGAUAUCAGAGCUCAUUUGGCUCAAUACUACCUGUUCCAAGCCGCUCACCCAACUGAAACCUACCCAGUCGAAGUUGCUGAAGCUGUUUUCAACUACGGUGAUUUCACCACCAUGUUGACUGGUAUUGCUCCAGACCAAGUCACCAGAAUGAUCACUGGUGUCCCAUGGUACUCUACCAGAUUGAGACCAGCCAUCUCCAGCGCCUUGUCCAAGGACGGUAUCUACACUGUCGCCAAAUAG